GAGGAGAAAACCUACAGGAAGAAAGAAAAACACGUUCUUCUCUAGUUUACUUCAGUCACCAGAAGUCGAGGAAGGAUUCGGGUCGGAAAAGUGUAGACCGACUGAGUUGCUCGUUAGUCUUUACGCCAGGCUGCGGAUGGAUCAUGAGACAACAGACCACAGGGCACCGACAUGUGAACGGCCCCUGUACUCCAGCAUGAAGGAUCUGACAUCCACAGAGCCGUCUUUUCAGUCUUUAUUUGGAAAUCUCCAGUCUCCCUCAGCAGCUAACCUGGCCACGUUGCAGUCUUACAGGCCUCUCCUGAGUGACUACGGACCUCCAUCUCUGGGAUUCUCACAGGGUUCCACUGGCAGCCAAGUGCCUCAGAACAAAUAUGCAGAGCUGCUGGCCAUCAUCGAAGAGCUUGGGAAGGAGAUCAGGCCCACAUAUGCUGGAAGUAAGAGUGCAAUGGAGAGACUGAAAAGAGGAAUAAUCCAUGCCAGAGGGCUGGUGCGUGAGUGCUUGGCGGAGACGGAGAGAAACGCCAGGUCCUAGCUACGAACACACAGCCGUCCCCGCGAAAAGAACCAACUCUGGGUGUCUCAUGAAAACAAUAAAUAACUUGCAUGGCAUUUCCUUUGAGAGGACGAAGUAAAUGAACAGAGGAUGGAAAAGCAAGCUCCUAGAGAAGGAAAAAAAAAAACACAAAAAAAAAACAGUAUGAUUCCUGAGGGUUGUGGAGGAUCAUUUUAAUUACAUGUGGGUUAUUGGAAUUCAAAUAUCAUGGAGGAUAUCAUGUGUUUUUAUGCCCCAUUUUUGGGAUCUUAGUUUUGAUUCAAUUUUUAAAGAAAUGAAUUUGAAAGAAUAAUGCAUGCGAAAGGGCCCAUGAUAAUUUGUAGACAAUGCAUGGCUUGUACAGGGGCAGAUGGAGUCUUCUUUUUGAUAGUGUGUGGUCUGUUUCUCAGACCCCUAGAACACACAUGACCGAGUGAGUGAGGGACAGAAAUGUGCCAAAUGCAUUGGUUCAUUCGUGUUGAGGUUGGUUUUGGUAUUAAAAAAAUGGAAAAUGCUGUUACUUGCACCUUUGUAUGUAUUUAUUACUCAGUGUAAUAAAUUGUAUUUUCAA